UUGCCUCCUCUCUGCUGCCAUGAGCUUACAGCAGACAUCCAGCAAGUUAAAGUCUCCCACGAGAAAAAGGGCUAGUGAUAGUGAAAUGUCAGCCAACCACUUAUAAAAUAGUUCAUCUGCCUAUUCAUCCCGGUUGGGUGGUCUAUAACAGACUCCCACCAGGGUGUCUGCCUUGUUAGCCUUCCCCCUGAUCCUUACCCAUGGACACCCAACCUAAUCAUCACUAGCACUGAGCUCGAUACAGUCGAAACUUCCUAAUGUACAGAGCCACCCCAUCACCUCUUCUUUCUCUGCUAUCCCUUCUGCAGAGUUUGUAGCCAUUCCUUGCAAUGCUCCAGUCAUGGGAGUUAUUCCACCAUAUUUCCAUGAUGGUGACUAUGUUAUAGCUUUCCUGCCGCUCAGUGGCCUCUGGCUCCUCUUAAUGAAAUACAGUGGAGUGGCACUGUCUAAUGUUUAUAUACUAGGUAUGAUGGAGAUACAGUUGUGGGUGUCAUAAAGAUGCUUAAACAGCUUUGACAUUUAAGUGAUAGGAUUGUAACUACUCAGUUCAAUAGGCUCUUGGGGCUUUUUUUCUUUUCCAUCUCUGUAGGACAGUCACAAUUGCUCAGACGUCUUUAUUACCAUAAUAAAGUUUGGAUUUAAAGUUCAAUUUUAAUUUUCUCAGUACUGCGAGUUAUCACAAUAUUCCUACAGUACUACAGGUAAUCCCAGUAUUCCUACAACGAUUAUAGCCUUUGAAUUACUUAUGUGAACUGGACCUUGUUCAGCCAUCCAUGGCUUUUGUCAGGCAUUCAGCAGCAGUACCGGGACGAAGGUGCUCAUCUGGCAGGGAGCUCCCUCCAGCAGACUUUUGUUUGGCCCUGCAGUCCAGCUCCAAGAUCUGGUUCCUUCAGUCACACUCCAGAGGCAUCAGCUUCUCUGGAGUACUAAGAUCCUGAUUCAGGCACCUGUUAGGCUACGUGGUACCUUCCUCUCUGUAAAACUACAAAACAUUCACAUAUAAUUCCUGGAUAACAGUCACAGUAAGUUUAAGCUAAAUAAACUAUACUAUGAAUAAAUUAUUCCGUGAAGAAUUCAUGUAAGAGGCAAGGAAUUCAGUCUUUCUGCUUAUUUUGUAAUGUUUCUCAGCAGUUUCUCACAUCCCAGGUAAAAAUGGCCACCAAAGCAUUGAUCCUCAUUAAGAUGCAUAAGGCAGAACAUAAACACUUAUUCCAUUGCUUACUUACUAAAAAUAAAGCUAUAGGCUUUCUGGUGGGGAGUGGUUCAUCUACCUAGUCCAAUGUGGGAAUCGAUUAGCAUGUAGAGUAACCAAAAUACAUUUUAAUAAGAAAACGCAGGCUUCACUUGCUUAGGAAAACCACUGUAAUUUAAAAUUCUAAGAGAAAGGCCUUUCUGAGCGCUGUGCAAUGUAUUCUUAGGAGUAAUGUGUGCCUAAAAGAAUAGUUGUGUUUUAUGGACAGUUGACUUGUUCAAGACAAUACAAGAUACAAAUCUGAUGUAAAAUGUCAAAGAGCAAACAGGGUGGGAAUUAAGGUUCACAACACGCUUGUGUUCAGGCUGUGCCGUUGCCACUGUGAAAGAACAAAGCAUGCAGCGCUUGAGCUGAUUCCAGGGAGUGCUCAAAAGAUGCAGAUAAAUCCUGUGACUUCAAAUAAAUGCCACGGUUUCCUCAUAUCUUUCUGAUGAUACAAGAGGCUUUAUGGUUCGGGUUUGAACAGUGAGCCAGGAGAGAUGAUCAGGUUUCACUCAUUUAGUUUAUAUUACCUAGGAGAUAAGCAGUUUCCAUCUUCAAGGCUUAAAGAGUAACUCCCUUUCUUGGAAAUGUACUGUUGAUUGUUAAUUCCACUAGAAAGCUGGGGUCCAGCUGCAAUCAUUCACUGAGGUGCAGGUAAGUUAGAGCUUCUUGUUAUAAAAGGUAGUUUCACUGAAUGAGAAGUUGUUUUUCAGGUGCCAAAUAGGCUUGAUAAUAGCCUCAAUUUAGUGUACCAUCAGUCAGAACAAAACAAGGAUAUAAUCCUCUUUUUGCUGCACUACUGCAGUAUUUUAUAACUACUACAGAAUUAAAAACUGUAAUGGGGCCAUUGAUGAUUGCUUGUUCAUGUGAAAAUAUUUUGACUUUUUCAAUUCUUUUUUUAUUUUGUGGGUUGACUAAAGUAUUAAAAUGGUAACAGUAGCCUGAAUGGAACAGUAAUACUUAUUAAUAUUGAAGAUUAUUUGCUUCAGAAGGAGUUUUUUUGUUUAUAUCAGGAAAGCAUGAGAGAGAUGGGUUAUCUGUUUGGCAUGAAGGCGAAGAGAAAUGCAGUUGUGUAGGUGAAACAUGUACAUCAUGACUUAAAAAAAAUUGAGUCAUUUUGCUGAACUUUUUUCUUUUUAAUUACACACUUUACUGAGUAACAAAGAAAACAGUGAACUGUGUCUGCCCUCUCUCAAAACCCAUUCACUGCUGCAGAGAAGAGACCACAGCAAUUAGCAGCUGGCAAAACAUCACACUCAGCAGCUGCUGGUUUUUUAAGUGGUGGUUGUGGUUUCCCUAAAUACAAAGUAAGACAGGAUUUCGUCACCACUUGCUAUAAAAAUAAUGACAAGCAUGCUUUAUGUUACAAAGCCACUGAAAAUGUAGUUUAGAAGUUGUAUUUUCAGAGAUGAGAAUGUUUGGCAGCUAAUCCCGAAGCCCAGAAAGGAAGAUUUGUCCCAAAUGCAGAAGCCCAUGCAAAAGUCAGGUAUAAAAGCCAAACCAACCACCUUCAGUAUGGUGCUAAAUGACCAGCUGAGCCCUUUUCCAUCUAGCCUUUUCCUUUCUGUAGCUGGUUGGCAAAUAAAUACCUAGGCUGGUGUUUUUACACACCAUAUGUAUAUUUUAAGCACUAUUCAAUUGUUUGUGGAAUUCUGCAUUUAAUAUCACAGUAAUCAGGGGUUUAUCUCCCAAUGUACCGAAGGGCUUAUUUCUUCCUCCAAGGAGCUAAAAGUUAAUAACAGGCACAGAACAGUGGGUGGUUAGAAUCAGUAAGCUAAGGGGAAAGUAAGCAAGGGACUGGGCUGAGAGAUCAUGGUUGUUUUCAUAGCUCUGCUUCUGAUGUGCUGAGUGAUGCUGGAUAAACCUCUCUGGUGGACAUCUCCACCUCAAUAGCAUGUGUUUUCUUUGUCUAUAUUGCCAAUGUUUUGAGGAUAAGACUCCAUUUCUUAUUACAUGUUAAUAAAGGGUCUAUAUCAAUGAAGUUCAGUCUAAAGUGUCUACAGAUUACUUUUUUGUCUGUCCAUGAGACAAGAGCAAGCAACCAAGUAUGUUUACCUCUGCCAUUUGGGGGCCUCCACCUUCCACUGGAAGCAUCUGAAGGAUGAAAUAGGUGGGAAACCUUUGGCUCACAUCAGCCUGAGAAGCACAGACUGCCGCAUUACCAACCAGUAGCUGCGGUCGUGGCAGGAGUGAACAACUUUGCCAGCACACGGCCCGGAGAGCUCUGUUUGCUCAAGGGCUGUCACGCCUUACCUGGCUUGUUUUUGGAGAGCCUUAAAAAGCAAUGAGUAUCAGUACUGUAUUAAGGUUACAGCUUUGCUUAUUCUAUGAUAAGAGAUGAGCUGCCUGAAGAAGUCAAAGUUAACUUUUGUACCUUCUGUUUUCUCUUGUUUACUCUCUUAUAAGGACCUGGAGAUCACCUUGGCUUUCUCGCCAUUCAGGAGGAACCAAAGGUGUUGCAAGCAUUUCCUUCUUUCCUUGAAGACAAAAAUGAGCUGGGGAUUCCUACGUGAUCUGCUGAGUGGAGUGAAUAAAUACUCAACAGGAGUUGGAAGAAUUUGGGUAGCUGUUGUGUUCAUGUUCCGCUUACUGGUUUAUGUUGCAGCCGCAGAAAACAUCUGGAAAUAUGAACAUGAUGAAUUUGAAUGCAAUAUCAAGCAGCCUGGUUGUGAAAAUGUCUGCUUUGACCAUUUUUUCCCUGUUUCCCACAUCAGACUUUGGGCUUUGCAAUUAAUCAUGGUCUCCACCCCUUCACUCUUGGUUGUUUUUCAUGUUGCUUACAGAGAGAACAGAGAGAAACGCCACAACCAGAAACUUUACAGAAACCCAGGAGAGAUAGAUGGUGGGUUGCUGUGCACUUACCUAAUCAGCCUCAUUUUAAAAACAGGAUUUGAAAUAGUUUUUCUUGUUCUGUUUUAUAAACUGUACAAUGGAUUCAAAAUACCGCAUCUUGUGAAAUGUGACAUAAGACCAUGUCCCAAUACCGUAGACUGCUAUAUUUCCAAACCCACAGAGAAGAUGAUUUUCCUCUAUUUUCUGGUGGCAACUUCAUGCCUGUGCAUCAUAUUAAAUCUAAGUGAAUUGAGUUAUCUCAUUUUCAAAUACUCCCUGAAAUGUUACCUGAAGAGAAAGGUGAAGAAACAGCAAGGCUCCAAAAGCAAUUGCCGCAAAUCAGAAAUCACUGGUUACAACAGAGCAGCAGCUGCAGGACGAUUCCCUGACAGCUCCUCAUCUUUGCCUUGAAUACACAAGAUGAACAUAAAAAACGUUCCCCGUUGACUUGGAAGGAAGGCUGGAGACCACCCUCCCAUUACACAAGCUGCUUUUGACAAAUUGCUUUUCCAAUCAGCGCUUUACGGAACUGGAAGGAUAGUUACAGAGGAAAUACUGUUUCUCUACUAGUUCCCCAUUACUCGAGCUGAUCAAUUCAGUUACAUUAUGUAUGUCAUACAUAAAAUCAUCCAGAUCUUUUCAUGUUGAAACAAGAAGAGUAGAACUCUGAGAAUUCCAUGAAGUUUUAAUAUAAACACAGAUGCUUAUGAUAAAUCAUGUGAAACAAUUGCUUACAGUUGUGUGUUGAAUAUUGCACAGAACUGCUUUGGUACAAGUGAAAAGAGGCUUUUUACAUGCAGAGGUAGAAGAACCUGGGAUUGAUUAAGAAGCUGAACAGUAACGGGAUGUACAGCAUUUGUCAGCUGGGUGAAUCUGAUGACUGUUGAAACCGUAAUAGGAAAGUGCUGGUGUUUGAAGUGAACUGUAUAGUCACAAGCCCAUUCCAGCGGACUAGAAAACAUUUCAAAAAAAGAAAAAACUAGGAAGAGGUAGACAUAUCUAUUUUGGCCCAUGGUGACAAAGACAGACUUGCUUUUUUAGCUGCUUAUGGAGCAUCUCCUCCUGAAAGCAUCUGAGCCCUUUACAAUUUUAAGGGUAUUAAUCAUCAGAAUACAUCCUCUAAGAAAAGGCACUUACUCAAACUUGUGCAAG